ACCGACUAUCAUCUCCUUCGUCAAUCUCCAUAGAAAAACAACAGACGUGUAGUUAGAUCCAUAACUCCACUUCACUCUUUAGACUUCUUCAACAUUCACAUCUCUCUCCCCGUCUCUCUCUCCCCCAUAUCUCUCUCUUUCUUUUUUCAAAUUUAUUUGAAAAACAUGAAGGAAAAUGCUCACACAAGAUUAAUCUUCAAUGACAAAUCAAAGUACCUAAUCAUCGGCGUCGCCGUUCUCAUCGCCGGAGGUUUAUUCAUUUCAACCCUUCUCUUAAACAUCAACACUCCUUUCCUCUGCACUUUCGCCGGAGCCAAAUACGAGCCCACAACCACGCAGCUCGAGACAAUCCUCCACUACGCCACCUCGCGCGUGACCCCCCAACAGUCACAAGCCGAGAUUAGGCUAUCAUUCGACGUGUUACGCGCACGCGCGCCAUGCAACUUCCUCGUAUUCGGUCUAGGUCACGACUCACAAAUGUGGCACGCGUUUAAUCCCGGUGGCACGACGCUGUUCCUCGAAGAGGAUCCUAAGUGGGUCGAUACCGUGUUGCAUGACGCGCCGUUCUUACGCGCCAAGUACGUCAAGUACCGAACACAACUGCAAGAAGCCGACCAGUUACUACAAUCGUACCGGUCCGAACCGGACUGCGAUCCAACCAAAAAAAUCCCGUUAAAACAAAACGAAAAGUGCAAGUUAGCGCUGAACAUGUUGCCUGAUGAGGUGUACGACAAGGAGUGGGACCUGAUAAUGAUCGACGCGCCACGUGGAUACUUCGCGGAGGCGCCGGGGAGAAUGGCGGCGAUAUAUUCGGCGGCCGUGAUGGCGCGGAACAGGAAGGGAUCGGGUGUGACGCAUGUGUAUUUACACGACGUGGACCGGAGAGUGGAGAAAAUAUAUGCGGAGGAGUUUUUGUGUAGGAAAAAUCUGGUGAAAGGUGAAGGGAGACUGUGGCAUUUUGAAAUACCGUCGGUGGUGAAUUCGUCUGUGAAAUCUAAUCUUUUUUGUUAGAUUUGAUUUGCUUUUUGGGAUUCCACUGUCUCUGUGUGUGUUUUUCACCUAGUAUUUUUAACCUGCCACGUUCACACUCUCUGUACUUUCCAUAUAUUCGAAAUUUGAAAACCCUGUCUAGUGUCUGUCUCCGGGUUUAGCAAUUUCUUACAAUAAGAAUCAUACUGAGACUCUUUAAACAGA